GGCACUGGUUCAGCGUCUGUUCUCGAACGGAAAGUCGACGGAUCUCUCCUUUCGCUUGAUCAGCAGUGCAAGGGCAGGGCGUCCCGUUGAACAGGGGGGUGGGUCUCGCUUCUACUUGACCGGCUGCGGAAAUAGGCGUCUUGGUCAUGGCGGCUGCCAACGCUGCGCGACUGUCGGGCCCGUCCUGCACGGGCCUCUGCAGCCAGGCAGUAUCGCAGCGGCAUGUGCGGGCGUCGUCAGCGGCAUGCCCUUUGUUGCCCCCCAGAGUAAAGCUAGCUUUGGUGCGCCCCAACCUGUCAGAGAAAGGUUUCCUCUCGGGGCGCACUCUGGUGCCGGCUGCUGCGAGUGGGGCUGGCUUCAAAAGAAGCCGGUAUGCUGCGCCCCGUGCUCAGUUGAUAGUGGAAGGUGGGGGCAGAGGAGAGAGCGAGAACGGAGCGGUUAACGAGGCGAGCGUGACGCCCGAGCUCAUUGCUUCGUUGGAGAAGCAGCUCCAGGCUCAGGCGCUUGAGAGGCCGAGCGCGAACGGGAAGCCGUUGGAUCCAUCUGUGGAGAGGGAGAGGAGUGAGCUUGCAGCAGUGAUCCAGAAGGUUUCACAGAAGGCCAGCCUGGCAUCACCAAACAAGGUAGCGGCAAACCCUGUCAAUGGCAAAACCUCUGUCCAAGCUGUGGAGGCUGUGCUGACCAGUGCGAACGGGGCUGCACAGGUAGACAAGCCGGUCAUUGUGACUCCUGCGGCUGCUCCAGUUUUGGAGGUCCAGGAGGGGCCCCAGGCAGCCAGAAAGCCGCAGGUGUCGGUGACUCCCGGCGGGCGCUGGAACAAGUUCAAGACCUAUUCGACGAUCCAGAGGACCUUUGAGAUCUGGUCGUUUGUGGCCACGUUUGUGGUGCGCUUCUUGUUGAUCAAGCAGAAGCGGUCGUACCGAGGGGGAAUGACGGAAGCGAAGCAGAAGUCGCGGCGGCAGGCGCUCGCGCUGUGGCUCAAGGAGGGCUUGCUGCGGCUGGGCCCGACGUUCAUCAAGAUUGGGCAGCAGUUCAGUACCAGGGUGGACGUGCUCUCGCAGGAGUACAUUGACGAGCUCUCCCAGUUGCAGGACCAAGUCCCUGCGUUUGACAGUGAAACGUCGGUGGCAAUUGUGGAGGCAGAGCUGGGCGCGCCAGUGACCCAGCUGUUUGAGCGCUUUGACCCCGUCCCCAUUGCGGCAGCGUCGCUGGGGCAGGUACACCGCGCGCGCAUCAGCGGCCGCGAGGUUGUGGUCAAGGUGCAGCGGCCAGGGCUCAAGGCGCUGUUUGACAUCGAUCUCAAGAACCUGCGGGUGCUUGCGCAAAACCUGCAGAAGAUCGACCCCAAGUCGGACGGCGCCAAGCGUGAUUGGGUGGCCAUCUACGAUGAGUGCGCCAACCUGCUGUACCAGGAGAUUGACUACAGCAAUGAGGGCCGCAACGCAGAACGCUUUGGCAAGAACUUUGCGGAGUUCGACUGGGUGAAGGUGCCCAAGAUCUACUGGGAGUACACCACGCCCCAGGUUCUGACAAUGGAGUACUGCCCCGGCAUCAAGAUCAACAACAUUGCGGCAAUCGACGAGGUGGGCAUCGACCGCAAGCGGCUCGCGCGGCUCAGCGUGGAGGCGUACCUGCAGCAGAUCCUGAAGCACGGCUUCUUCCAUGCGGACCCCCACCCUGGGAAUAUUGCGGUGGACGCGCAGGGGGGCGGGCGCCUCAUCUUUUACGAUUUUGGCAUGAUGGGCAGCAUCAGCAGCAACAUCCGGGAGGGCCUCGUGGACGCCUUCUACGGCGUCUACCAAAAGAGUGCAGACAAGGUGCUGGACGCGAUGGUGCAGAUGGGCGUGCUGGUACCCACGGGAGACAUGAUCGCCGUGCGCAGAACCGCGCAGUUCUUCCUCAACAGUUUCGAGGAGCGGCUAAAAUCGCAGCGCGCAGAGAAGGAGGCCGCUGAGAAGGAGGCGCGGCGGCUAUGGUUCAAGAAACAGCUGAGCAAAGAGGAAAAAACAACCAAGCGGUCGCAGCGAUUGGCGGCCAUUGGGGAGGACUUGCUCGCGCUGUCUGCGGACCAGCCCUUCCGCUUCCCGGCCACCUUCACCUUCGUCGUCAGGGCCUUCUCCAUCCUGGACGGCAUCGGCAAGGGCCUGGACCCCCGCUUCGACAUCUCGGAGAUCGCGAAGCCGUACGCGCAGGAGCUGCUGAAUCUGAAGGAGGCGGGCGCGCAGAUCUUCGUUCGGGACCUGCAACGGCGGUGGGACCGGCAGGCGUCGGCGUUUGCGAACUUGUUCCGCGGCCCGGACCGCGUGGCCAAGCUGGAGAAGGUCGUCACCGCGCUCGAGCAGGGGGACCUCAAGCUGCGCGUGCGCACGCUCGAGUCGGAGCGCGCCUUCAAGCGGGUCGCGCAGGUGCAGAGCAACAUCGGCAAGGCCAUCUUGGCGGGCACGCUUCUCAACGUGGGCACUGUCCUCUACUCGACGGCGCGCGCGCUCAAUCCUGCUGCCACCGCUGCCUUUACGCUGAGCGCCUUCCUCGCGCUGCAAGUCGUCAUCGGGAACCUCAAGGUGCGGAAGCUAGACAAGACGGAGGCGUCCAUCACGGGGGCGGCGCUAUAAGCAAACGCGGUAAAUCCGCCUCUACAGAAUUUGUAGGAUGAUUCGUGUGCGCUGACGCCAGUGCAUGUUGUGAGCUGGCAGCCGCCACUCAGAAUUCACAGCCACUCCCCUGUUACGGAGUACAGCCGAUUCGAUCCUAGGUAUGGCCUGGACAAGAUAGUUGUCGAUUUUUGCUGGAAGGUCAGAAUGACGUAGCUGUAUCAUACAGAGAAUAACUGGUCACUUGUCGAAAUAUUGGUAAAGACGUUAGGAACAUUCUUGCCGCAGGUUAUGGAGACAGGAUUGUGCGCCAGUGGCAUGCUUACGAUUUGUUCAGAUCAUGAUUGUCUCAAGUCCGACAAAGCUUCUUCCCCUACAACUGUCAACUACCACGGUUGG